AUGUCUAGUUGUGUUCCGAAGUAUAAAAGCCGCAGCUUUUUCUUUACAAUACAUUCCAUUCAAAUGAAGUUCUUUAGUCUGAGUUUUUUGUUCGCUGUGGCGAUUCUGCUGCUCGCUGUGAGUGCCAAGCAGACGCAGGCUGAUUGCAUUUCUGAGCGCUACAGAGGUCCUUGUGCUGUUUGGGAUAGAGAAACUUGUAGGCGUGUUUGUAUAGAGGAGAGCCGCCCAAGUGGAUAUUGUACUGCAAGUCUGAGAUGCAUGUGUGAAGGCUGCUAGCACUGGAAUAUAAUUGCAAUAAAAUCUUCAAACAUAUUGUCUUUAUUAGCGCAACUUUUCUCAUUCAUUGCUACCGCAAGUUUUUCUAACAAUUCUGCCAGUAACAUAAUAUGUGGUUAGCGUGUGCAAUUGUUUAUCCACAUUGGAGUGCUGUGGAGCCUCAAACAUGCCACCCUGAAUCACAAAAAUGCGCUUCCGCUUCCUUCAGCGUUUUAAAUAUGGGCACAGAGUUGAAGAUCGCCUGCAUGGCGCAUAGCUUGGUGGUUACAUUGUAAAUAAUACGCGGCUUUUCCUUAAAGUCCUGCCGACUUAUUAGCAGACUCAUCAAAGGCGAUGCUAUUUCCUCAUUAAUUGUCGUAAAGGAAGCAACGCCCUCCACAUUAGAGAAU